CAUCAUGGGAAGUUCACUCCACAUGUGCCUUCUCCUGUGCUCCAUAGUGUUCACCAUGUCAGUACAGCGUGCUCGCUGCGUACCAGUCAAGGUGACUUACGACACGAGCCCCGAAGGGAACCAAGAAAUGCCAGAACAAGUGAACUUGACCUUAGUGACCAAUGAGAACACAACACAGCUCAACUUAAGGCUUGUCGGUCACAUAAAUCCUAACGUUCCUGUAUACACGAUAGGUGUGGACAAGGACGGGAAAAUGGUCCACUCCAGGGAACAUCUAGCUGUAAGGGAGAACAUCGGCUACUACCAGGACGCUGAGAACUUCGCAGCUUUUCAGAUAAUUCGGACGGAUGACACUGACGUGAACCGUACGCGUUUAUCCCUUACCGGCGAGUUCCGCAGAUCGGGUGAAAAGUUCUUGCUCAAGCAGACGAGCCGUGCUAAAAGAGACGUGUCCUCUCAAGAUGAAACCUACGAGCUCAGUCUAGUGCAGACACCACCAUUAAACGACAGAAUGUACGACUUUGCCAACUCAACUGCAAAUGGUUUUGGGGCAUUGUUGAGGCAGCAUGCGGGCAGAGUGAGAACCAACGGGCGCACGUCUAACCUGACUCGCCGUACGACCAGAAGACGAAAGCAAGCCGUCAACGUAUUUACCGUUGAUAUUGCGGCUGUUGUUGACUACGGCGCCUACAGACUCCAUUAUGCUAGAGCUAAAUACAACAGAACUUUGGCCCUUCAAAACAUACGAGAGUAUUACGCCUUUAUAUUUAAUGGGGUUGACGUGCUGUACCAGGGGAUCUCAAACACCAACUACAGGAUCAAAGUUCAACUCAUUAAGAUUAUUGCGGCCGAGACUUCCGCGGCCUCUCCAUUUACACGAAGCGCAUAUUAUAACAUGGUGGACGCAUACACGGCUUUAAAUGAAUUGAGCACCUACGUGUAUGGCUCGGGCUCUGCCUUAGUUUCACCUUACGACCAUGUCAUGCUUUUCAUUGGUUACGACCUCACAGCUGGGCUGUCAACUUCAAUAGUUGGACUGGCCUAUAUUGGGACGCUGUGUUCGCUAAAUGGAAGCAGUACAUCGGUCAUUGAAGACUUGGUCACUUACCAGGCAGUGGACAUAGCGGCUCACGAACUAGGACACAGUUUAUCUGCCAAACAUGACGGAGAUAUGAAUGUGUGUUCAUUUACUGAGCGGUAUAUCAUGGCGUCCUCCAACUCAGAGGAGACCCCAGACACAAAGACACACCCCUGGAUGUUCUCCCAUUGCAGUGUAGAAUACUUCACGUCCUUCAUCGAGAAAACUUUGGACACCGCCCGUGGCCGAACCUGUUUGACCACAUCGCUAUUGGCUGACCCAACAAUUCCAGACGCCAGUGACCGUCUGCCCGGACAGGAAAUGCCACCAUCAGAACAAUGCGCUUUAAUUUAUGGCUCUGGGAGCUAUCACUGUAGGCACGUGAAUAUAAGCGACGUGUGUACACAACUCUACUGCUUCGACCCAAGCUCAGAAAUCUACUGCUACGCUUCCAUGCCGCUCCUAGGGACAACGUGUGCUAGCGGAAAGUUGUGCCGAAACGGAAUGUGUGUGUCUGAUCCCAGAGCACCUGUGGCGGAAGACGAUUGCUUGUUUGGGGAUUCCACUGAUGUCUUAAUUGAUCAGAUGACUUGUGCGCGAUAUGUCGGCCAAUUUAACGGCAGAUGUUAUGAUCCUUUAAUUAAAGCGUAUUGUUGCUCCUCGUGCAAGAAUGUGUACAGAGAUGGCGCUUACAACUGCGAAUACGGUGAUAGAGUCAACUACUGCAACUUAGCUGAUUGUGCGACAGGAUCUUACCAGGAUCUGAAAAACUGCUGUGGAACCUGUAGUAAUGUUCAGAAAACUUUUGCUAUAUCAACAACAACUACUACUACUAAUGAUCAUAUUUCUAUAGACUGCGAAUACGGUGAUAGAGUCAACUACUGCAACUUAAUUGAUUGUGCGACAGGAUCUUACCAGGAUCUGAAAAACUGCUGUGGAACCUGUAGUAAUGUUCAGAAAACUUUUGCUAUAUCAACAACUACUACUACAAUUGAUACUACCGAGUUUUUAGACAGUGUGACAAAUGGAGGUUGUGGUUUACUCGCUACAACACUGACAGGUGUUCUCGUCGUCACAGCUCUCGUUUUUAAAGACAAUUGAUAAUUUUCUUGUUAAAAUUCUCUGC